AUGCAAGACUACAUUGGCAAGGUCAAGGCAACAGAUGCAGAUGCUGACCGGUUUGGUGAAAUUGAGUAUUUUCUUUAUGAUGGAUUUCAUUAUUAUGAAAAAUCGAAAGCCUUCCAGAUUGACCCACGUACUGGUCAGAUCUGUGUGUCUCAAGAUAUUGACAGAGAAGCUGAUCCAACCACUUAUGAUCUCUUAGUAAAAGCUACAGAUGGGGGUGGACUGAGUGCCCAAGCUUUUGUUCGCAUCGAGAUAGAAGAUAUUAACGAUAACCAACCUGUUUUUGAACAAGCCACAUAUGUGACAAGCAUCAGCAGUCACACACAGCCAGGAACAGAGAUCCUCAAUGUUGUUGCCACCGACAGAGAUUCAGGAAUAUAUGGCAUUGUCACAUACGAACUGGUCCCAGGAGAAUUUUCUUCUUUUUUCACAGUGGAUACAUCCACAGGAAUUAUUUACCUGAUCUCAGCUCUUGGCCACGUGGGGCUUUCUGCGCUCUUCCUGACUGUUUCUGCCCAGGAUGGGGGUGGCCUUCCCUCUGCCACCAAUGCAACCGUCACAGUGAACAUCCUUCAGCCAGCUCUGGCCCCUGCCAUUUUUGAGAGAUCCCGGUACACUUUUUCUGUUCCUGAAGAUGCACCUGAAGACAGCCCUGUCGGCACUGUAAAGGCCAGGGCACCUCCAAAUUCCUUAGAAGUGGUUUCUUACAGAAUUUCCUCUGGUGAUCCACAUGGAAGAUUCUCUAUUGACUCCCAGUUUGGUGUCAUCCGCACCAAAAAACAGCUUGACCAUGAAACUCAGUCUGUUGUGGUACUCACUGUUCAGUCACAGCUGGGUAAUUCCCCUGUCUACAGUAGCACCCAGGUCAACAUAUCUGUGAUGGAUGUUAAUGACAAUCCUCCAGUAUUUCUUACCAGAUCUGAUAAGGUAACUAUUUCACAUACCCAGCCUCCUGGCACCACUGUUUAUAUUGCUCAUGCAGAAGACAAAGACAGUGGCCUAAAUGGGGUAAUCAAAUACAGUAUUGCAAGCAAGCAGUCAAAUGCAUUUAACAUUGAUCCAAGCCUUGGAGUGGUAAACCUCACCAGGACAGUGUUUGCAGACAAGCAGCAGGAAUAUACUCUACAAAUAGCAGCUGAAGACUGUGGAAGUCCUCCUCUGACUUCUUUGCUGAUGUUGACAGUGAUUGUUGAAGAGCAGAUGAUGAGCCCUGCUUUGGUUUUUCAAAACUUGGUGUAUCAAGUAGAGAUCAGUGAAGCUACCUCUCCACGUGCCCAGAUCCUUCAGGUUCAAGCACACUCGCUUGAUCCCCACAGCGUUACCUCCAAGCUGACAUAUUCCUUAGAGCCUAGCACAGAUUCUGUUGCAUUUGGAAUCAGAUCUGAUACUGGCUGGAUUUAUCUUCGGAAACAUUUAAACUACGAAUGUGCACAGGUGCUAAGUUUUAGAGCCCUGGUCAGCACCUCGGAGGAUGAAAACCUCAGACAAAAUGCAAGUACCUCAGUAAUAGUUAAAGUCCUGGAUGAAAAUGAUAAUUCUCCCACGUUUAUGCGUGAGAGCUACUUCUUUGAAACGGAGGAAAAUCCAAUUCCCAGGGGUGUGAUUGGCACCAUUACAGCUGUUGACAAGGACUCGGGAAGAAAUGGACAACUUUCCUAUUUCCUCUUGUCUGAUGGAAAGUAUUUCAAGAUGAAUUCCAACACAGGUGAAAUCAUAAACUGGGUGGCACUAGACCGUGAGAAACAAGCCCACCACCAGCUGACGGUGCUAGUGACGGACCACGGGUCCCCACGGCGCAACGCCACCGCAGCCGUCUUCAUCGCGGUGAGGGACCUCAACGACAACCGCCCCCUCUUCCCCCAGGCCGGGCCCGGGCAGGAGCUGCAGCUGAAGGUUUUGGAAGGGCAGCCAUCAGGGACACUUAUUACCACAGUCUUUGCAAAAGACUUGGAUUCUGGGAACAAUGGUGUUGUAUUGUAUUCAAUAGAAUCAGAAGAGGAUAUAGGAUGCUUCCAGAUUGAUGCUGCCAGUGGGGAGUUAAGAACAACCCGGUCUUUGUCACAUGCUGAGAGAUCAAACUACAGAAUGAUGGUCACAGCCAGGGACCAGGGGAUGCCUGCACUGCAAGGACAUGCUACUGUUUACAUCCAGGUAAUCCCAAUUCCCAGUGGAAGAUCUGUCUUCUCUCAAGAUUUCAAGCACAUUGUCAUACCUGAAAAUUUUAAACCUGCACAAGUGUUAAAUUCUUUGAGGUCACCUGAUAAUAACCUAAAAACUAAGAGAAAACUGCAUUUCAGUAUUGCUAAAGAUAAUUAUGUUCAUUUUGAAAUAGAUAGCAUGACAGGAGACCUUUUUCUUUCCAAGGAACUUGACUAUGAAACAGCUUCUCACUUCCUCUUGCAAGUUAUUAUAAAGGAUUAUAGUGAUAAUCCUCCCCAGAAUAACACUGUCUUCCUAAGUAUUGAUGUAGAAGAUCUGAAUGAUCACGCUCCGUAUUUUCAAGAUGACUUUGUAGUGAUUGGUGUAGAAGAAAAUGUACCUGUUGGCACUCUGGUUUACACAUUUGAUGCAAAAGAUGGUGAUGGCAGUUUUCUGAACAGCAAAAUACAGUAUUCCCUAGAAAUGAGUAAUGAGGGUGAGAAUCCAUUUCUUAUUCACCCUUCAGAUGGCACCUUGACCACAGUUUUUCCACUAGACAGGGAGGUGACUCGCUCUGUGAUCCUCACAGUGUCUGCAGCAGACCAGGCAAUAAAUCUGACUGAUCGCAGGCUUGAUUCCAUGGCUGUGAAAAUUGUUAUUUUAGAUGUCAAUGACAACAGCCCGAGUUUCACAUCUUUGCCUCUUGCCUCUGUCGUGGAGGACGCAGAAGUGGGCUUCCUUGUGCACCGUGUAAUUGCAAAGGAUCCUGAUGAGGGAAGAAAUGGACAAGUCACAUAUCACAUCCUUUCAGGCAAUGAAAACAAAGCAUUUAUAUUGGAUCAGAUCACAGGGCUCUUAACCACAGCCCAGCUUCUGGACCGUGAGAUCCAGGAGCGCUACAGUUUGACAGUCAUGGCUCUUGAUGAUGGCAGCCCAGCCCUCUCCGCCACGCAGGUUCUAACCAUCAUUGUUCUGGACGUGAAUGAUGAGGCCCCAAUAUUUCUGAAGCAAGUUUAUGAGGCUGCAGUUCAUGAAAACCAAGAUCCAGGGGAGUUUGUCGUCAAGGUGGAAGCUGUGGACAGAGAUGCAGGACUGAAUUCCUUGCUUCAGUAUGAAAUCUUACCAGGAACUGGUUAUGAGAAAUUCAAGAUGGACUCGGACAGUGGAGUACUUGUGACAGCUGCAUCACUGGACAGGGAAACGCAGGAGGUUUUCAGUAUUAAAGUUUUGGUUCAAGAUAGUGGAAGUCCGUUGCUGUCGAGCACGGUGACAGUUAUCUGCACAGUGCUGGAUGAAAAUGAUCACUCUCCCAUGUUUCUUCUUCCCACCUCUGAGAUCCAUAUUCCAGAGAACCAGGAGCCUUCUGUGGUUCACAUUAGCCGAGCUGUAGAUAUGGAUGCUGACAAUAACGGAGCUUUAAGAUACAAAAUAAUUGGUGGAAAUGAUGGAGAAUACUUCACACUAAAUAACACUUCGGGCAAACUGCUGGUCACUCGUAGCUUAGACAGAGAAGACAUCAGCAAUUUCACCCUUGUAAUUGAGUGCCAUGACCUAGGCAGUCCCUCAAGAAGCUCCACUGCACAGCUUUAUCUAACAGUCUUGGAUGAAAAUGACCACAGCCCAUUGUUUGCAAAUAACAGUUAUCAGAUCUCCGUGAGCGAAGACCUAGAGGAAGGCUCAGCUAUCGUGGACCUCUUUGCUUCUGAUGAAGAUGAUGGCCUGAAUGGUGAAGUUACGUACUCCCUCCUUGGCGACACUUCUGGAGCAUUUGCUGUCGACAGUGUAACGGGGUCCAUAGUUACUGCACAGGUGCUGGACAGGGAGACUAAAUCCCAAUAUACAUUCAGGGCUGUGGCUAGUGACUGUAGCACCCAUUUGCCAAGAAGCACCACUGUCAGCGUUGUGGUGCACGUUGAUGAUGUCAAUGACAAUGAUCCAGUUUUUUUUCAGAAUCCUAUCAGGGCCUUUGUGUCUGCUGAAACCCUUGUGAAUGAGACAGUAGCCACUGUGAGAGCAGAGGAUGUGGAUCUGGGAGCAAAUGGAGCCGUUGUUUUUAGUCUGAUGACAGCAGAAACUGUGUUUCAGAUCGAUGCGCAGACGGGUGACAUCAUUCUUCAGGAGCCCUUGGCUUCCAAGGGCUUCAGUACCCAGCUGCUAGUGAUGGCUUCAGAUCAGGGUAUCUCACCUCGAACAGCCACAGCUACGGUCAUGAUCUUCACAGAAGAACAAGAGGAGGAGAUUUCAUUCAGCCAUAGCCUGUAUGAAGCAAGUGUGCCUGAGAACAGUGCGGCAG